UUUCCGACCCCAAGACUUUCUUCACCACGACACGCGUUGCCCUCUCUCUUCCCUUUGAAUUUUCCCCCUCUAUAGUCUAUAUAUGCUUUCGUUUUUUCAUUCUCUCAGGCAGCGUGGCUCUUGAGUUUAUCCAAGAUCGUCUUCAUUUUUUUGUUGGGAUAGCAGGAACAUUGUCCAAGUUUGAUAUUGUAGUUUUCUUGCCUUAUUUUGAUUCGAGGAUCAACUGCCCACUAAAUUUUUUGCUUCUACCCAUUAAAAAAUGUUUGGUUUGAAGAAAUCCCCCUUGCAUAAGUUUGCUAAGCAUAACUCAGUUGACCCUGGAUAUCCUCAUUCUUCUAGCACCAACCCUUUUGAUUCUCAUGAUGACCUUGAUGGCAAGAAAACCCUUAAACCCUCAAGAAGGACUUCUUCUGAACCUAUGCUAGCUACACAACCUAACCCCAACCCAUUCGAUGAUGAUGUGGGAAAAGGGUCUUCUUCUUCAUCUUCAAAUUUUCUUCUUUCAUCAGAAAGAAACAAGUACAAGAAUGAUUUCCAUGACUCAGGAGGAAUAGAGAAUCAAUCUGUGCAAGAGUUGGAGAACUAUGCAGUAUACAAGGCCGAGGAGAAUACAAAGAUGGUCAACAACUGCCUGAAGAUUGCAGAGGAUAUAAGAGAGGAUGCCACUAAGACUUUGGUCACCUUGCAUCAGCAGGGUCAACAAAUUACCCGGACCCACAUGAAUGCUGCUGACAUGGAUCAUGAUCUCAGCCGGGGUGAGAAGCUUCUGGGAAGUCUUGGAGGAAUCUUCUCGAAGACCUGGAAGCCAAUAAAGACCCGCCCAAUAACAGGGCCUAUUACCACAAGAGAUGAUCUGUCUUACAGGAAGGGCAGCCACAUGGAACAGAGAGAGAAGUUAGGAUUGGCUCCUGCUCCCAAGGGACGGUUGGCUACAAGAACACCACCUCCUGAACCGACCAAUGCACUGCAGAAAGUUGAGGUGGAACAUGCAAAGCAAGAUGACACACUUUCAGAUUUAAGUAAUCUAUUGGACGAGCUGAAGUACAUGGCUGUUGACAUGGGAACUGAAAUUGAAAGUCAUAACCGAGCCUUGGCUCCUAUGGAGGAUGAUGUGGAUGUGUUAAGUAUCAGAAUUAAAGAUGGGAAUCAACGUGCUCGUCGUUUGCUUGGCAAGUAGUAAGACCAUGGUGUUGUCAGGACUUAUCUUGUCCACCUUGCUGUCUCCUUUCUGAUGGAUAUGUGCUGUGCACUCAUUCUUUUUGGAUUUGGAUCUCUUAUCAUGAUAUCUUGUUUCUCUGUACACUCCCUUUUAAUUGGAAUUACAAUCAGAAAGUAUAAGAAUGGUUUCUGAUGCUUAGAACUGUUAAAA